AUGCUGCGAGUAGACGACGGUUGCGGCGACGGCGAUGCCAGCUACGGCAGUGACGGCGAUCGCUAUACCGAAGUUGAAACCACCGAGUUAGAAGACCAGAAACCGCCGCCACCGGUGCCAGUGCUAGCUCGCCCAAAUAAGAUCCAUUUACCGAAAUCAGCAGUAACGCCGUCACCGGAUGAGAAAAAGAGCAUCAAAACGGCGACAUUGGUUUGUGGCACAACACCAUGUAUGAUAUGUGGUUCAGGAGAAAUUGAAGGAGCCUUAUUGAAAUCCUUGGGGGUUGAGCGCAAUGAGGUAACAAAUGACGGUUUAUUCUCUGUUGGAGAAAUGGAAUGUAUGCUUUGUAAAUGUUUUCUCUGAGGAUGUUGUGUAAAUGUUCCUAUGAUUGCAGUUGCUGAUUACACCAAUGGAUCUGAAGGUUAUACGUAUAAUUACUAUGAAGAUGUUACUACUCAACAAGUUGUUGAGAUAGUUGAGAUAGUUGCAGUGGGAUUUUGCCAAGAGAACUGAUGCCUCAAAGUGUUACUGCAAGGCUUCCAACCUCAGAGGAGCUCGAUGCCUAUGCACAUGAGCAAUGGGAGGUGUGACUUUCACCUAUUUUUUUCAUCGAUUCAUUGGCAUAAUUUAUG